AUGAUGGCCCAGCCACCACCUAGGCUCUGUGAGGCCCAGCGCCCUGUGGUCCCCACUCUGCUGCCUGCUUGGCCUGGCAGUGUUUCUGUGCAGCCUAAAGCCAGCACAACCAGCCCCCAGCCCCCACUGCCAUCCAUGCCAGAGCAGCAUUCCGCAGGCCUGGCUGCAUCUCCCCAGCAGAAACAGCAGGAAGGCCUCUCAGCAGCCAUCAAGCUACACGGCAGAGGGACACAGUGGGCCCUGGGCCUCUGGCCCUCACUCCUCUGGUCUUGGCUUCUCCUGGCUCUGGGUCUGUCACAUGAAAGGCUUUGA